CCGGAAAAACAGACGGAGCUUUUAACGAUCACACACAGCCAUCACGGAGAUCAUAGCAGAGAGACUGAGAUCCAGCAUUCGGGUUUGCAGCAUCUAGGAAGAGAAACUCGAAAUGGAGGGGUGGGAUCCGAACACGAAGUCGACGCUCACGCAGAUCCCGCUGCUGACGACGAAGGCCGGCCCUAGGGACGGAGCGGCGUGGACGCAGAGGCUCAAGGAGGAGUACAAGGCUCUGAUCGCCUACACGCAGAUGAACAAGUCCAACGACAAUGACUGGUUCCGGAUCUCCGCAGCCAAUCCUGAGGGGACCCGUUGGACGGGCAAGUGCUGGUACGUCCACAACCUUCUCAAGUAUGAGUUUGAUCUCCAGUUUGAUAUCCCGGUGACUUAUCCUGCCACCGCACCUGAGAUCGAGCUACCACAACUUGACGGAAAGACGCAAAAGAUGUAUAGAGGAGGAAAGAUUUGUCUCACUGUGCAUUUCAAGCCACUUUGGGCGAAAAAUUGUCCGAGGUUUGGUAUAGCACAUGCACUUUGUUUGGGUCUUGCUCCAUGGCUUGCAGCAGAGAUUCCCAUUCUUGUGGAUUCUGGUAUGAUAAAGCACAAGGAUGAUGCAGCUUCAUCUAACGACUCUUAGACUUUUUGAGGUUAAACAUGUAACUUAAUUCUUACGAAAUAAAAGUUCCAGGCAUAAUUAUGUGAUUUAGAGGGCACAGUGAACCUCAAGGUGUACAAUUUAUAUUUCAUACAGGGUCAGAUAUAUAUCAAGAGAACUCUUUUAACUCAUUUUCAACUGGAAAUGGUAUCCUUUUAUUUUUCAUUGUGAAUGUGUUGGAACAGUGUGCUGUUUCUUUGUUGCUUGCAAAACAAUGACAGGUUUCAAGGGGAUGAAAAUCAAUAUAGUCUUGACCA